AUGGCAGUCACGUCGCCAAAAGCUGAGGAUACCAUCAUCACUGUGGCGCCGCAGCAGCAAUCCUCCAGCGAUGCUGGUGAGGACCACUUAUCGAUCACUGAUGCUCCAAAGAGCCACACAUCAAACCUCGCCCGCAAAAUUUGGGGCGACGACGCACGGGAGCGAAAGUACCUUCGCAAAGUUGAUGGGAUCUUUUUUUCCUACGUUCUGCUGGGCUAUUUCAUCAAAUAUCUAGACCAGGAGAAUUACAGCAAUGCAUUUGUCAGCGGGAUGAAAGAGGACCUUGAGCUCUACGGUAAUGAGAGAAAUCUCCUAAACACGUUCUUCAAUAUCGGCAUCAUCAUCGGCACCGUACCAAGCCAAAUGAUUCAGCUGAAGUAUGUCCGGCCGUCGAUCUGGAUCCCUUCCUGCGAGCUAGCCUGGUCCAUCCUUGUAAUGCUCAUGGCUAGUGCAAAGAACAUCGAGACCAUCUAUGCUCUCCGCUUCUUCGUUGGUCUCCUGGAGUCGUGCGCCUUCCCCGGUUAUGCCGCUAUCCUGGGCAGCUGGUACGGUCCGUCCCAACUGGCGAAGCGCAUGGCGCUGUUUGAGCAGAGCAGUGGCAUCGCCGGAAUGUUCAGUGGCUACCUACAGGCUGGUCUGUACACGGGCCUAAACGGUACCGCUGGGCUGGCUGGCUGGAGAUGGCUUUUCAUCUUCGAUGGAAUCAUCUCCAUUCCCAUUGCUAUCUGGGGUUUCUUUGCGAUUCCGGAUCUCCCGAAUAAUACACGCGCAUUCUACCUGAACGCUGAUGAUCGUGCCUACGGCAUCCAGCGUAUGGAGAAGAUCGGCCGCAAACCUCCUAAAACGCUUACAUGGAAAGCCAUCAAAGAGGUCUAUACGGGAUGGCAAAUCUGGGCGUUUAUCAUACCAUACCUAAUGGUAGCCGAAGCGUACAUGGGACGCAACUUCUUCAACCUCUACUUGAAAGACCGAGGAUACUCCGUCGUGCAGACUAAUAUUCUUCCCACUGCAGGCAACGCUGUCAGCAUUGUUGCGGCUUUCAUCUUUGGCUGGCUAUCGGAUGCGUCUGUAUCGCGCUUGCUUGUGGUUAACAUCGUGCAGGCGAUCGUGCUCGUAUCCAACAUUAUAAUGGUCGUGUGGCACGUACCAGAGACAGCUCUCAUGGCGGCAUUUUACCUCGCCUACGUAGGUAGUGCAGCGCAGCCCGUUGUCAUUUCUUGGGGUCAUGAGAUCACGCAGCAUAACGCCAAUCUGCGUCAGUUGCUUGUUGCAACAGGUAACAUCUUCACGUACGCAUUCGGUGCUUGGGUUCCCGGAGGCGCCAUCCCGAAAGAUAUCGUAAAGCCGAAGACGAACCUGACCAGUCAGAUGAGCAAGUUCAGGGAAGCUCGACGUAACCUUUAG